UCCAGCAGUCAGCUGUCGUUCUUUGGCCUGACCACUACCAGCUGUGUCAAAAAGAAAGAAAAAAAAUAUUGAUUCUUUCUUACUGUCGUUGCACAUGAGGUCCUGAGUUUGACUAGGCCUACCGGCUGUUGACAUGUCGUCCCAAGUGUAUGAAUCGAAGAAAGUGUUGAGUGAAUACUUAGCCUUUCACUAUGGUCAGCCAGAUGAGCUUAUGCCAUAUGAUUUUGGUCCAAAAGAUGCGCUUGAUUUCCCUAAACGAUGUGCUGACCUAUGUUUAAAACAUUUUCGUCAUCAGGAAGGCGCGCCGAGCCGUGCUUUAGACAUUGGAUGUGCUGUAGGCAGAUCAAGCUUUGAGCUGGCCCGUGGGGUGGACCAGGUGCUGGGCAUUGACUACAGCCAGUCCUUCAUUGACUGCGCCAACAGACUGAGGGACACAGGACAGGUGGACUACGAGUUGCUGGAGGAGGGAGAUCUCUUCAGGCCAGCUCUGGCACAGGUCCCUCAAGAUAUUGAGCGUGUGCGUGUCACCUUUGAACAGGGUGAUGCCUGCAAGUUGAGGCCUGACCUUGGUGCUUUUGACCUUGUCCUGGCAGCUAACCUGAUCUGUCGUCUGCACCACCCGCGCCAGUUCCUGUCUCAGCUGACACGGCUCAUGCCACGCCCCGGGGCGCUGCUCGUUAUCACCGCCCCCUACACCUGGAUGACAGAAUUUACUGAUAAGAGUGAGUGGCUGGGCGGGCGUAGAGAUGAAGCUGGAGAUCCAGUGACAGGGUUUGAUGGCCUGCAGAAAGAGUUGAGCUUAGACUUUGAGCUGCUCCAGAGCUUAGACAUGCCCUUCAUCAUCCGUGAGACUAGGAGGAAGAACCAGUGGACAGUAGCUCAUGCAACAGUCUGGAGGCGAAGAUAGCCAUCUGUGACUAGCCAGAAAUAUCUGACUAGUGUCGUAAUUGUUGAUUGUUGAAAAACUGACUAGUGUCAUAAUUGUUGAUUGUUGAAAAACUGACUAGUGUCGUAAUUGUUGAUUGUUGAAAAACUGACUAGUGUCGUAAUUGUUGAUUGUUGAAAAACUGACUAGUGUCAUAAUUGUUGAUUGUUGAAAAACUGACUAGUGUCGUAAUUGUUGAUUGUUGAAAAACUGACUAGUGUCGUAAUUGUUGAUUGUUGAAAAACUGACUAGUGUCAUAAUUUUUGAUUGUUGAAAAACUGACUAGUGUCGUAAUUGUUGAUUGUUGAAAAACUGACUAGUGUCGUAAUUUUUGAUUGUUGAAAAACUGACUAGUGUCGUAAUUGUUGAUUGUUGAAAAACUGACUAGUGUCGUAAUUUUUGAUUGUUGAAAAACCGACUAGUGUCGUAAUUGUUGAUUGUUGAAAAACUGACUAGUGUCGUAAUUGUUGAUUGUUGAAAAACUGACUAGUGUCAUAAUUUUUGAUUGUUGAAAAACUGACUAGUGUCGUAAUUGUUGAUUGUUGAAAAACUGACUAGUGUCAUAAUUUUUGAUUGUUGAAAAACUGACUAGUGUCGUAAUUGUUGAUUGUUGAAAAACCGACUAGUGUCGUAAUUGUUGAUUGUUGAAAAACCGACUAGUGUCGUAAUUGUUGAUUGUUGAAAAACCGACUAGUGUCGUAAUUGUUGAUUGUUGAAAAACUGACUAGUGUCGUAAUUGUUGAUUGUUGAAAAACUGACUAGUGUCGUAAUUUUUGAUUGUUGAAAAACUGACUAGUGUCGUAAUUGUUGAUUGUUGAAAAACUGACUAGUGUCGUAAUUUUUGAUUGUUGAAAAACCGACUAGUGUCGUAAUUGUUGAUUGUUGAAAAACUGACUAGUGUCGUAAUUGUUGAUUGUUGAAAAACUGACUAGUGUCAUAAUUUUUGAUUGUUGAAAAACUGACUAGUGUCAUAAUUUUUGAUUGUUGAAAAACUGACUAGUGUCGUAAUUGUUGAUUGUUGAAAAACCGACUAGUGUCGUAAUUGUUGAUUGUUGAAAAACCGACUAGUGUCGUAAUUGUUGAUUGUUGAAAAACCGACUAGUGUCGUAAUUGUUGAUUGUUGAAAAACCGACUAGUGUCGUAAUUGUUGAUUGUUGAAAAACCGACUAGUGUCGUAAUUUUUGAUUGUUGAAAAACUGACUAGUGUCAUAAUUGUUGAUUGUUGAAAAACUGAUUAGUGUCAUAAUUGUCGUGUAUUUAGUGUGUGUGUCUCUUGCAGUGGCCUUGGCUAGCAAGGGACUUUAUUAAAAAGAAUAAUAUGAUGUGCUAAAAGAAAAUAAAUAUAGAGUGAUCUCGCCUAAACUU